CUGACUUCACACCAUGAACUCUGGGCAAGAGGAACAAGUAAAGAGGGUAGGUUGCCUUUCUUUGCUACCAUUUAGUUUUCGUUUUUACAGAUGUUUAAUUUUUUUGCAUUAUUUUCAACCCCGAACUUUUUAUAGUUUAAAUUAAUCUUUAUAGUUUAAUUUCUUAGUAUAACAUUUAAUUUGCGGCUUUUUAAAUUUGAACAAAAGUUACGCGAAUCAGUUAAAUAGUCAAUGUAUCCUAAAAAAGCUGUAGUUUUGAGCCCAGUUGUCAGUUGGCCACCUGUGUUUAGGACUCAAUGGAGCGGAUGCUUAACUCAUCUUCUGUAUUGUUUGAGAACUUUUUAAAUAUUAAAUAACUCUUAGAAAUAAAAUUGCAUUUUAUUGUAAUAUGCAGGGUGAUGGUUGUUCAGUGGGUUGGUUUUUUUUCCCCAAUCAUGAAAUCUGAAAUCAGUAUGCUAAGACAGGCGUCACCCUUAGGUUGGUGAGAUGCUCACAAAAUCAGGAAUCUGCCAAACCGUGUUUAACGGAACAAUGUCACUUGGGUUAAUGAUGAAGCAGAGUGGUUUCAGCUAACCAGGAGAUAACUCAUGUUUAUAUAAUGUGUACUUUCUCUGUGUGUUGUAUAGUAAAAGAAAAUGUCCCUUGGCAGAGAUGAUCCAUUCGCUGAAAAAGUCGUUUUUAAUUUAGAUAACCGAUUCAUGAAGGUGGAUAUUAGUUUGUUCAUUUUUUUUUUUAAUUUUAAUUGAAAAUUUUGAAUCUUAUUAGUGAUAGGAAUUCUCGCAUUUUUAUUGUGUGUGUGUGUGUGUGUGUACCAUUUUGUAUUGAGGUCAGCAUUAAUCUAAGAGACCGGGACGUCAUUUUGGGUAGGGCAGGGAGGGGGCACCCCCACCCCCUCCCCUUGAAUGUGCAAGAUUUUGUUUUCACUAGUCAUCAGUAACGAAGACAGCAGAAAAUCAAACGUAGCAGAAAAUAAAUACGGGUAAAAAAAAGUAACUAUUGGUUCAUUUAAAAUUAACAUUGAAAACAUCAAUCACAAUCUGGCAAUUCUUAUUUAAAUUGAUAUGUUCUGUGGCGCCUCCAGUAAUAAACAACUGAAAAUGCCGGCCAAGUUUUGGUUUUUGCGCCCCCCCCCUCCCCCCGUUUUUUUUUUCUUGAAAAAACCUGCUGAAAUGACGUCCAUGCUAAGAGACUAUGAACAUUACCAAAAGUUUAUUGUUGGAAGCUUUCUCCAAUACUGUAAUGUUGACAUUUACAAUGCGUGUGUGUUAUGUGAUCUGAUCUAGGCCACUAAUUCUAGGUCGCCCAUAAUUCAAUGCGUUCGCUUGGCUUCCAAAACUUCCUCCAAAACACUAAUGCAAAAUGAAAAUUGUCUGGCAACACCCUAACCUCCCAGCCAAUAUUCACAUAAUGUUAUGAUAAUAUGUAGUCUGUGAACUUGUUGAUUCUAGACAACGCAGGAAUACCGUGAUUAUAAUGUCACGAGGCGUUCUGUACUGAACUGAUGAAUAUUUAUAGCACAACGCCAUGAAUUUUUCUAUGGAAUGCCAAAUCGAAGGUUUUUUUUUUUUUUUUCUUUCUAAAUUUUGCCAUACAAGAAUGAUAAGAGGAGACGGCAAGGCAUGCAUAAUGAUUCUGUCGCCUUAGCAGUGCUGUGUUGGUCUGGGUGGCACUAUUUUUCUAUUGAAUGCCAAAUCGAAGGUUUUUUUUUUUUUUUCUUUCUAAAUUUUGCCAUACAAGAAUGAUAAGAGGAGACGGCAAGGCAUGCAUAAUGAUUCUGUCGCCUUAGCAGUGCUGUGUUGGUCUGGGUGGCACCAUUCUGUCAGGCGUAAGGCAACUGUUGGGACACUUAUCUUACAGUGUUGUUUCGUCGUUUUGGUCAGAUUUGUUGAUAUAUAAUCCAUACGAUUGGAAGGGUCACGCGGGCUGUUUGGUGAUUGGUCAGGUGGGCCGAAGAAUGUGUUUGUGUGUUGGGAAUGUCUGAAACACUAUUACUAUUAAGGGGUGUGAAGAUAUAUACAUAUAUAUUUUUUUUUUUUUUUGUUCUGUUCGUUUGUCUAUGGACGGAUUCAAUUUUUAACUGCGCGUGGAAAGAGGCAGCUAUUUCCAAGCCCAGACAGUUACACAACGUAAUUUCCCCUUGUCAGUACAGAGUUAAGUCCAUGUCGGUUUUUGGCGUUUUAUAAAGACAUUCCUUUAUUUUUUUAUUUUGUAUCCUUCGUUAGAUCUCACUGGGGCCUCUAUAGAAAGAAUUGUGUGUGUCCUGUAUCUGCAUUCAAUGCCGUUCAUUAAAGGGAACUUCAACUAAUCAGUCUUAUAAUCUUAUAGCUAAGACUUUGGUUUUAAAAUAUAACAUUUGCUUUCCCUACGCUAGAAUCACGACCACGUGUUUUCUUAUUCAUCUCAAAAAGAAAUUAUAAGGAAAUUCAACUGUACAGUCUUGCCACAUAGCGCUAUUUAUAGUGGGGGGGGGGGGGGAGGCAAGACUGUGUCUUUAAAACAAAGCAUUUGCUUUUUCUAACGCUGGAAUCUAACGUCGCAUCGACUUCUCAUUAAACAUCUGAAAAGACAUUAAAAGGGAACGAUGACUUCAUUUUCAGGAGUAAUGCCAUGGGGGGGUUGUGGUGGUGAUGGUGGCCGCGGUGCGGGUUUUCUAGAAAAAUAACAAAAUGGCUUCAUGAGCGUUAAGCAUGCAUAAUAUGACAAGUCCACUCACUUGAAAUGCGAAAAAAAUGGAAAGAUAGUUAAGAUAGUGUAUUAAAAUUGUAUUCAAGGUAGCUCGGAGAAAGAAACAGUGCCCGGUAGUUGAAUGUGUUUAUCGUUAUGCGGCAGUGUGCACAUACAUAAUUCAUCAACAAAUGCAUUUAUUAAAUUCAAACAUGAUCGUGUGCACAACUCUGGAUGUUAGAUCUUGUGAAAGAAGGUUGUCCCCUUUGAAGAUUGCGGGCCUGCAUGAUAAGUUUCGUAUGAGGCAAGGGAUCUCAAACUAAUUUUUGGGAUCAUCAUUCCCUGGGAGUGGGGUUCCAACAAAAAACUCUCUCUCUCCCUCUCUCUCUCUCUCUCUCUCUCUCUCUCUCUCUCUAGCUAUAUAUAUAUAUAUGCAGUAAUUGAGAUAGAUUAUUUUUAAAUAUAUAUAUAGUAUAUCUAUUAACUAUUAUAUUGUGACGUUGUAUCACGAAUCAAAUUGACCGCACGUAUCCAUUUAAUCAGCCGGAAUUGAAAUCUAAGCAUGACGCUCUACACUCCCUAAAUAGAGUUGGUUGAUAUUAACUGCAUGUGGGGAAUCUGUGCCGUCCAUACAAAUACAUUUACAGACACCAAGACGGGGGCUCUGCCAUUGAUGGCCCGUGCUGGUAACGAGCUGUCUGCCGACAACACGUGUUGUCUCCAAAUCUACAUCAGUCAAUAUUUGGUCUGAGGCCUCGGGGGCAAAUUAAUUAGUCCAGCCAGUCAUCUCAUUUGCAUAAUCCCCCGUCUUAUUCUCUAACGAUCCCGCUGGCGUUCUCCCUGGCACGUAGCGAACUCAUUAAAAUUAAAAGUUUUAAUUUACAUAUUUUUUUUUUAAAUGGCUCUCUUAUUGUUUUGUUCCCUUGUCCACCCACCCCUUCGCCCCCCCUCCCCCAGCUAAACAGACAGACACAGCAAGCUGGAUGCUAUUUGCAUAGGACAUAUAAAUAUUCCUUAACCGCAGGCGAUCCUCGGGACACACACGGCAUAACAUUGGGAAACCUAAUUGAUUUGCAAACGAGAAAAACGCACUCCCUAAUUAGCAUACCGUUCGCGCCAGGUUUCCCCAUCCGCGCGCUCAUUUGCAUAAACAUGAGCUGACGUGAAAGUGUGUGCGUGGGGGUGGGGGGGGGGAUAAGUUAUGGAAAUAAACUUGAGGCCAGGAGUUUCCAACUCUUGUGAAAAGAUGUUUAGAAUGGGAACGUUAUGCUUUUGUGUGUUCCAGUUUAAGCAGAGUGGUUGGGAAAGGGGGGGGGCGUGUUGGCGCCUGUACCAUGUGCAGCAGUCAAGUCUAUAGUAUACCGUGCCGGUGUGAAGAGUGCCGCGAGGUUUUUAGUAAUUUCACGGGAGUGCUGAGCGCGUUCGACUAGGUCUUUGUUGUAGUUUUGCCACUUACUGGACUUUGGAGGGAUUCGUUAGUUCACCAUCAUGCAUAAUGUAUGGCGCCAUAUUAUGCACAGAAUGUAUUCAUCUCAGCGGCGAGCCCCUCUGCAUCUUUUUGAAGGGGUGCUUAUUGAAUGGUUCUGAAAGAAAGAAAAAAAAAGGGGGGGGGGGAUUAUAUAGAUUUGCGUCGAUGCGUUUUCAUGCUUAUCUCGAGACACCCGUUUUUUAUUAUGCACAGAAUGUAUUCAUCUCAGCGGCGAGCCCCUCUGCAUCUUUUUGAAGGGGUGCUUAUUGAAUGGUUCUGAAAGAAAGAAAAAAAAAGGGGGGGGGGGGAUUAUAUAGAUUUGCGUCGAUGCGUUUUCAUGCUUAUCUCGAGACACACGUUUUGUCUCGUCUAACCGUGUCAUCUUCAAUCUUGUAGUGUCUCGUUUAACGAUGUCAUCUUCAAUCUUGUAGUGUCUCGUCUAACGAUGUCAUCUUCAAUCUUGUAGUGUCUCGUCUAACGAUGUCAUCUUCAAUCUUGUAGUGUGCACACGGAUAUUGGGGUUUACGCCGGCCGUUACAAAUACGUGUUAGACUACCUAACAACAGUCUAUUAGAUCGACCAGCGGAUAGAGAAAGGACCCAAAUUAUGUUCGUGAAAUUUUGUCUUGGUUUCUUAUUCUCACCAAGCUGCUUUCAAGAGUUUCCCCCCCCCCCCCACAUGUGGUGAGAAGUUUGUUUGAAGCCCCUCAGCGUAUCGCCUUUCUGGUCUCCGCCCCAGAAUAGCAUUAAGUUAUGUGAGGACGAGGAGGGAUGAAAGGGGUAAAAGAACAAAAAAUCGGGCCGAUUUGCAUGAAGGCUUACUUCUGACUGCUCCAUUUUAUUUGUGUUGUCCGAACGUGCAGAGGGGGUGAAUUGAGGCCGGCAUGACGUAGCCUUGUGGUCCUAUCAUCCGAUGAAACCGAUACGUACCGGUGGGCGGUCUCCAAACCGGUGACACAAUCGUGUGUUUUGUUGGGAAGUCUUCUUCUUUGCACUGCUUCUUGGAUCAUAUCUGCCGUGAGUAGUCGAUAGCUUUACCUUGUAUAUAUUUGCAUAAGCGCCCUGGGGCCACUACUAGCCAGCUGUGCCCCGGUAUCAGCGGCGGUGUUGUGUGAGGCAAGUGUGCCACCACGUGAUUUUGUUUUCCAAGUAAUGUGUCUGGACACCGUAAGUCUUUCCGCUUAAAGGUAUGCGAAUAUUUAUAAUAUCAUCACUAAGAAAAUAGCCUUAUACUUAUUGAUGUCCUUUCAGAAAUAACGUCCAUACGUGUUUGUUUUUUUCCCCUGGCAAUUAAAGACGUCCUGCGUCAUAAGUAUAGGUUUCUUUAAUGCAAGGAUAGAGUUCGUUUUACACGACUUAAAAAAAAUAAUAAGUUUAAAACAAAAAACUUCUUUAAAAAAUUAGUUUAAAAAAAUUAUUCGGGCUUAAGCCUAUUAUUUGUAAUUAAUUUUGUUUUUAAGUAAAGCUGUGGUGGAGGGCGCAACUUGAACACUUCUCUAACGCGUGGCAGACGAUUUGUCCAUCAGAACACCACCGAUUCCGAUAAGUUUCAUCUUAAAAUCAACUUUAUCUCAUAUUUUUAAAAACAAUUUGAUGCACUUGUGCUUGUCGUAAAGGUUGUGAUUACAUAUGAGAAACAGUUCUUUUAUUUAUUUUUUUAAAAACAGGAAUUUAUUUCUAUUGUGGACAUAAUAUGUAGAGGUUGUAACGUUCGUGCACCUGGAAAAUGAACAGUUAGAAUGGAAGAUCCUUUUAGAAAAAUACUUUGCGUUUGUUGACUUAUUUGACUGCACCGUGAAAGCAUUGGGCGUGACUUCGGUCAUCUCGUCAUCGUCGUGUCUUCUGCUAAGCCUAUAAGUAUUGGCGAAGUAGUCAUUCACUGAUUGGGAUGACAGCUGGAACCAAACAAGAGCACUGCCUUUAUCUUACGUCUUGCAUGUACUUCUCCAUCAUCAAUAAGGAUACUUUAAUCUAUGUCUGUUAUGGUACGCUUUCCCACCGCAAUGUUCUACAAUCUCCAUCAACAAUAUGGAUUCUUUACUCUAUAGUAUGGUACGCUUUCCCACCGAACUGUUCUAUGAUCUUCAUCAUCAAUAAAUAUACUUAACGGUACGUCUGGUAGGUCACGGUUCCCACUGCAGCAAUGCUCUACGGAAGCGGCGGCGUGCAAUUCUCAAAAACAUCUUUUGUGUCUUUGUCAGUACGGUUUAUUUGGGGAAUGAGAUGGCUGUCAUUAAAUAACAAUAAUACCAAUAAUAAUCUUCAUCAGCUUAAUAAUCACCAUAAUAAUAACCAUAGUCAGAGCUAGAAAUUUAGUUUCAGUUCCUCUGUCUUUCGUCUUACCCAGCAGAAUGAGAUGGUAACUGAAAAAUAUUUACGUAGUUGAAAGUACGAGAGGCGACAAUCGUAGUUGAAAGAACGGGAGACAGCAAUCAUAGUUGAAAGUACGAGAGACAGAAAUCUUAGUUGAAAGUACGAGAGACAGUAAUCAUAGUUGAAAGUACGAGUAUCACAAUCGAAGGUGAUAGUACGAGUUCCACCGUGUAUUUUUGCAUCUCUAAUCUAUACCAUGGGAGGGGGCGCUGCGAUUCUAGUUUUCUUCUGAGCCCUUGUAACUCAUCGGUUACUUGUCACAUCAUUUGACCCUACAGCACGACUGUUACCUAGGUUGUGCCCCCCUCCCCUUUUACAUACACAUAAAGUCAAUGGGAUAAAGUUGCAAUUUCAGGUCAAUGGCUAAUUUUUUUUAGAGGGGAUGGGGGGAGGGUCUUGGCAGUGAUCGAUUAGCAUGUGGGUCACCUGGUCAUGGUGCUAUGGGGUAGACAUCCCAGCGGUUUUGUUGUUCGCCCACUGGAACCCUUGCUCUCCCCCCCCCCCCCCCCCCCCCCCCCCCCCCCCCCCCCCGAACCCCUCCUUGGCCAAUCUAUACCCUUUGUACCCCGGAUAAUGGGACCACUUUGCCUUGUUUGUCUGACGACCUCUGAUUGAAGACUCUGCCAGCAAGUUAAAGUGUUAAUCUGAAACACGUGUUGGCUAAUUCUAAACCCGACUGUUACCCUGCAGUUGUGUCGUGAAAGGACCAUCACCUCGAACGCGACCGCGGUGGACCGUCAAAGGCGACGGUUGUUGUCAGAAUCUAACCCUAUAGUCAACGAGACAGUCCAGUCCAACCGCAUCUUCCCUCCCAUUGGGAGUGGGUGGUCCCAAAACAACUUCUAAACAAGUUUGGAUAAUCUUUCCUCAUGGACGUCCACACCGUUUUACUUGUUGUGUACGGAUGCUCUCGAUUAAGAACAUGACUCAUGUAAAAAAAGUUUUUAAAAAUAUUUAAAAAAUAUAGACGUACUAAGCGUCAAUACAUUUUUUUUUUUUUUGAGGACCGGUGAGAAAAAAUCUGCAAUGAGCUUGUGUGCUAGAUGACACUGGAAGUGGUGGUGUGUGGGAGAGGGUGGGCACGGAUUUUUUAAAUUUAUUUAAGCCAGACUGAUGUAAGGCCAUAAUGAAUGGGAGAAGAUUCUGGGAUCCCAUUUAAUUAUAUGAAUACUAACUAAUGUGCGCAGGAUACACAUAUUAAAGAGUUAUCAGCAUUGAAUUUAUUAUAACGUAUAGCUGCUCUUUGGCUAGCCCACUAAUAGUUAUUUAGACAUUAUCUUUUCUCCCCCCCAUCUCUCCCUUUACUCUCUCCCUAUGAUGAAUAGCCGUACCAUUACAGACAACUCAUGUGGACAGUUUACGUAUUCUCCUCAUAUAUUUUUUUUUCCAAUUUCUUAACGUAGUCUGUGUCUAGUGUGUUCACGGCGCGCUCCGUUCAUUCGUCCCUAGGAUGAAAAGAUCCCUGAUUUGAUAUCAGAAAUUUGACAGUGUUGCACUCCUGGGUUAAUCCCUUUUUAUAAUGACCUUUUCCAUUCUAAUCUGAUUGGCUCAUUUCUAGAUCUGCAGCUCGUAUUAGUUUGUUUAAUCUGAAGUUAAACUAUACCGGUAGAAGAUGUAUGGACAUUUAUUUAAAUAGUUUUGCUAAAAAAAAAAUUAUUUAAAAAAAAACGUGGCUCUAAUCUUUCAAGUGAAUCAGUUCAGAGAAACAUAAUCUAUGUACCACCCCCACCCCAACUUAUUUUCCCUCCUCUUUCAUUAUAAGCUCAGAAUUUCCUUAAGUGUGAUCUACCCUUAUUAGAAGCCUUCCAGAAAUGUACACCAAAGUUGAGAACCCUUGGUUGAUGCUAAACAACUAAGCUCCCAUCUUUAUCCACAUCAUCAUCAGAAUUAAUUUGAUCUGAAAUUCAAAUUGUAUACACUUGAACUUUGCUGGACAUUUUAAUUUAAUUUUUCCCCUGUGUAAAUGUAUUUGCUCUAACCCUUGCCCGGGGAUAUAUUUAAUAACCAAGGAUGUUUUAUGCAUGAGCACCUACAUUACAAUACUUGGUGUUGUGUUAUGCUUGACUUCAUGUACCUGCAGAUUGGGGGUAAGUUGUGUAGGGCCACUAGAAACUGGCCUGAAAUCAUGAAUAUGAAAUGACACAAAAAUAUAGGUUUAUGUUCAAAAUUAAAGUUUCUCUUUUUUUAAAAUUUUAUUUAUUGCACAUGGCUUUAAUGUUUUAAAUGAAAAAUUCUUAAUAUUUUAAGCCAAACCCAAGAAUAAUUCUGCAUGUCAAUAGACAGGCCUGGUUUAAUGCAAUUCUAUUCAAGCAAUAAGUGAUAGAUGAAGAUAAAUAGGAAAAUACAGAAAUUUGAUAGAGAUAUACCUGUUGAAAAUCUUUUGUCACCAGACUCACACUUAAUCUCUCUUACACAUUUCCAUACAUUUCAGGAGAUGGAGGCUCACUCAAGUCCUGGCAAUGUGGUCCAUCCCCAGCUCAUUCAACAGCCCUAUCCUGUGGGUAUGUCCACUGCAGGAGCUGGACUGAUUGUACAGAAUCAGUUUGGCCAACAAGCAGUGGUCAGUAAUUUCUCUUUAGUUUUUUUUUUUUUAUAUAUGUUGGUCAGGAGUUGGUCAGUCAUUUCUUUGUGGAGUUUUUAAAACCCUGGACAUUGUAACAAAAAAACCUAUACAAAGAAAUCACUGACCCUUAUAUGUUUAUAUUAGGAAACAAAAGUAAAAAUAAAGAAACAUAAUUUAAUUUAGUCAAUUGGUAAUACUAAUUAUAGUCUUGGAUGCUGUCAAUCAAAACAAUUAAGCAGCCAAUUUUUUUUUUUACACUUGAAUGUUGUGUUAAAGAAUUUUAGUCCUUAGUUUUUCAACCAUAAGAUUCUUCUUAUGCAAUAAGUUUAUUAAUUUUUUUAAACGCUAUUUUUUCUUUUCAUUGGAUUCAUAUGUUUUAAAUGUUACCAAUGACAACUUGUCUGGAGCCUGUGUUUUUUUUUUUUCAGAUUCCUGUGUCAUCUGCCAUGCAAAAUGCUGGACUAACACUGACAUCAGAGGGCCUCCAGCAACUCCUGUUGCAGUCUCAGCUCCAGAAGGGCUUCAGUGCGGCCACUAACAAUCAGCAUCAGCAGAUGGCACAGAUUCUAAACCUCAGCGGUGACAACAAGGAGCUGAAGCAGUUGUUCCUCAACACCAAUUCUGUAAGUCUCUUUGGUUUGGUGAGUAGGACAGGGGCACUGCUGGUAAUUUUCUCAGUAACUUAAGCCUAACUUCUUUUACAAGGUUCACUUGUUAGUCUCAAAGCCCAACUUCUUUUACAAGGUUCACUUGUUAGUCUCAAAGCCCAACUUCUUUUACAAGGUUCACUUGUUAGUCUCUUAACCAGAAACUUAUCUCAGCAAAAGUGAAAAAACAAUUACUUGAUCCUCACAGCAAUAAAAGAAAACGAAAGCAAAAAAUACAUUUCAGAAGUCAACAUCCCUCAGUUAUGAAUGCCCACACAUUUAGAUUGUCCCUUAGAAAGGGGUUAAGCAGACACAAACAAUUACAUGAAAACUUUCCACAUAAAUUAUUUAAAUAAUUUUUAGUUAUAAGAGAUGAUUUAUUCUAUAUUGUUAUAUAAUGAAAAAAUAAGGUUUGAGAAAUGCUUAAAAUCAUUAAAGUUAUUUAUGACAAUUGAAUGCCAUUAAAAUUUUCAUUUUAUCCAUUUACUAGUGAUAUAUACAAAUUAGAUAGCUGGUAUACUUUCCUAAAUAACUAAUUUUGUUAAUCCUCUGUUUUCCAUUGCACCCAGAGUACUCCAACAAGCUUUGCAUCGCUGAGAUCCAGUAGCACAACGACAGCAUCUGCCACCUCACCGCUAUUUGCCACAACUACCUCGUCAUCUCCACCCCACCAUCACCAAGGCUUGUCCUCCUCGGCUAUGACCUCAUCCCUGGCCCAAGUACUGCAAGGAGCUCAGACUGUGUCCAUGCUGCAGAAUGGCCAGCUCCAGCAGUUUUUAGUAGUGAGCCCCUCACAGUUGGGCCAGCUGGCGGGCACACAGUUACUCAUACCGAACCAGGUUGUUGUUACAGAGUAAUACAUUCUUAUUGUAAAUAAAUUCAAAAAUGUUUGUUCUCCAUAAUUUUUUAAACUAAUAUUUUUAUGACAUCUGUAAUUUAUUUUGUUCAAUAAGUCAUUUUGUUUUGAGCAUACUCCAAUAAUGAUUUUAUUUGAUCUAUAAAUACCUACCACAUAUGUAUUCUGGUUUUUAGAUUAAAAAUAAUGGUGAAACAAUCAAAUGAUCAAAUAAAAUUUAGAUAACAAACUAAAAUUCUAGCCAUCCAUAAAUUGAUUAGAUUAGCCAAAAUCUCAACAAAGGAAUAUUGAGGUUACACAUUUUAGCAUUAAACACCAUAUCCAAAGUACAUCUAGGUAUGUGCGGGGCUACAAUGACUUGUUAGUUAGUGAUUAUGGAUUUUUUAUUCUAAUUAUAACAUGCUAUCAUGUUUAAUAUAAAAUAAUUAUCUGUCUAAAAGUGGGUUAUUUAAAUAUAGUUAUUGUAAAAUCAAUAGUUUUUACAUAACAUGCUAUCAUGUUUAAUAUAAAAUCAUUACCUGUCUUAAAAGUGAAUUAUUUAAAUAUAGUUAUUGUAAAAUUAAUAGUUUUUACAUAAAAUAAUGUUAUGCAUUACUUAAUUUUGGAUUACAUUUACAAGACUAAUUUAGUUUAUGUUACCGGUGUUCCUAAAUGUUAUCACAAGACUAAUUUAGUUUAUGUUACCGGUGGUCCUAAAUGUUAUCACAAGACUAAUUUAGUUUAUGUUACCGGUGGUCCUAAAUGUGAUCAUUCUAUGACUUUUUGGGGGAAUGGGUUUUAAUUUGUCUCCUCCUUUAUUUUCUUUCUUGAUUUCAGGCUAAUAUCCCUAUGCUGUCCACCGGUGGUUUAAUGCUGUCCCAGCAGCUGUCAAACCUAAAUCAAUCUCAUCAGCACCAACCGCAAAACACUCAAGAUUCCCCGGUGCGGUCACCUGAACAGAGUUCUUCCCCUCCAGCAUCUCCACAGGGGAGUCCGCGAGAUACCAACUCGCCCGUCUUGAUGACCACUGGUGUUUUGGUAGGUUGGCUUCCGACGAAGAUUUAUUGGAGCCUUUUGUCUGAACUUGAAUGAUAUCCUUUUUUUUUCUGCAAAACACCUUUCCUUUCAUGUACUUAAAAUUAAAACUAAAUUCUUCUCCGAUGACUUGUGCACUGUGUGUGACAACUGAAGGUGAAGUAGUUACCCUUUUGUUUUCCUUAGCCCUGUUUAGGUUUAUUUGUUUAAUUUUGAAUACAGACAUUGUCAGGUAAUCCAGGCUGCCUGUAUCACCUCGCUGUAACUGCUUUUCUCUAUAUAGUCUUUUUGUCUCCAUACGCUCUUUGUCGAACUCUAUAAAAAUCAUGCUCUCCAACACAGCUGUGGUACUUGGCAAUCUUUUAUUACUCUUAACAAAGCACUUGACACUUGAAUUUACAUGAACUAUUGAUGCAUCAUGUUUUUAUUUGUGUUCCCACACCAGGAGGAGACCAUGAAUAUUGACCUGGAAGAAUUGGAGUUAUUUGCCAAAACUUUCAAGAGGCGAAGAAUAGAACUAGGUGAGAUCACCUGGAGCAAAACCAAUAUUAUAGAAUGUUGAUGGUUGUGAGGUUUAGGUUGAAAUGCAUUACUUUACUGGUGAGAAAUUGGUUCAAAGAUUGAUUAGUGAUGGUCAAGGCAUAGUUUGAAAUAAGCAUUCAAAUUUAAUGUGACAGACUUAUUAGAAAUGUUGAAUAAAAUAGUUAAAACAUAUAUUUUUUUUUUUUUAGAUAAUGUUUAUGAGGUAUUCAUACAAAAAUUUUGAAAUUUUUUUUGCUUAUCUCCAGAAAAAGGUGGAUCACAAUAUUUUGUUAACAAAUAAAUUUUUGUGUUUUGAAUUCCCAAAUUGUUAUUGACUUAUCUGGGAUAAUUAUUUUUAAAUUUCAAAUGAUCUCAUGUCAUCAUGAAAGGCUAAACUAACUAACAUUAAAAUAUUCGUACACUUACAGGUUUUACUCAGGGUGAUGUUGGGUUGGCCAUGGGCAAGCUAUACGGCAAUGACUUUAGUCAGACAACCAUUUCCAGAUUUGAGGCUCUAAAUCUCAGCUUUAAGAAUAUGUGCAAACUAAAACCUUUGUUGCAAAAAUGGUUGCAGGUGAGCAACAGGGAAAAAAAAAAUCUUCAAUUUAUAAAAGAUGUAUCAAAUAAAAAAAUAUUUUUAAGAGUAAAAGAAUGUUGGAGAGGAUUAUGCAGUCAAAUUUGGCGUCAAAAUAAUUAAAUUUAUGCUAUCUGCCAUUUUGCUAUUAUUUUGCUAGUAUGCUAUUUUCCUGAGACUUUUUGUUAACCAGUCUACUCAAUAAAACAUCUUACUAUAGGUAUGUUAAAAAAAAAAAUAUACUGACCCUAAUGUACAUAAAAUUGAUUGGAAGAAACAGUGUCCAGUAAAUUUGAAUUGUUAGUUAGACAAUUUGAAUUGUUAGUUAGAAAUAGUUGAAUUCUUAGAAUGAUAUUGCUACUGUAACAGAAGAUCAGUAGUAAGCAUUAGUUUAGUUAGUAUACCUUGCCUUGGUUGUUACACGUGCUAUUCACAUCCGGAUUGUGUCCUGAAUAAUGGUUUUAGCUUUUUGCCCUGCUGUGGUGGACAUCCCUGUUUUAAACUAUCAACCAUUAAAUGUUCCUGGCUACCUAUAUAUUUAUGUGAAAGUGAAAUAGUUUUUAAAAUUGUGACCAGGAUGCUGAUGCCAUGUCCCGUAAUCCAACUCCCCUCUCCCCUGGGGGUGCCGGAGGGGAGAGUGUUGGGAGGAGGAGAAAAAAAAGAACAAGCAUAGAUACUGUGAUUAGAGUUGCGCUGGAGAAAAGUUUUCUGGGAAAUCCAAAACCUACAUCAGAUGACAUCAGCCUCAUUGCCGAUUCCCUCAACAUGGAAAAAGAGGUACACUGAAAUAAUAUACUAUAAUAUGAAAUUAGGAACGUGAAAAAUGAGAUAGAAUUUAUUUACCAGGAAAUAAGAGAGAAUUGCUUUCUCUUCGUUUCAUUCAUAAAUUUUAGGAAGAACUUUUUUUAAACCCUAAAGAUGAUUUAAAAAAAAAAAAAUUUCAGGGAUAACAAAUCUAAGAUGCUUUAACUUCUAAAAAUUGUGGUUAAGAGUUAUAAAAGAAUGGACUUAAUGGAUCUAAAUCAGUUGAUGCUUUAAGUUUAAAUAUGUUUCUGGAUGUUUAUAUAUACGGUACAUGGGAUUAAUAUUUGUGUAAAUCAAGUAAAAUAGUAGAUGUCGGUAGUACAAAGCACUGGUUAUGUAAAUCAAAUAUAACUGAAUCUCAAUGAAGUCAAUUAUAAUUUUAAUACCAUUUAAUAUUUUUCAGGUCAUCCGUGUUUGGUUCUGCAAUCGGCGCCAGAAGGAAAAACGUAUCAACCCUCCAAGUUCCAGUUACAAUCAAAAUCACAUUCAGAUUAUCAACCCCUCGGGGGACUCCUCCGCCAACUGUGCAUCAAAAUCUGAUGGGAGCAAUGCCAACAUUCUCAUCUCACACAACCAGCAGGAACAGCUGAACCAACUACUGAAACAACACCAGCAGCAUCAGGAGAAGGAACUGCGGUUACAACGAGAAUUUGAGGCAAAGCUGGCUGAAGCCUCAAACGGAGGCUCGAUACCGUCAUCCUCACCUCCACCUCAGACACAACAGUUGACAGAUGACAAAAACGUUGUUAUGGCAUCGGUGUAUUCCAACAGUGACUCUAUGACCCAGUCUUCCAAUCUCAGCAAUUCCUCAACAACCUUGUCCUUGACAGGCAUAUCAAAUGGGAGCUUACUCUUCUCCCCAUCCAUUCUGACGUCAGACUCUGGCCCAGUGAACAGCUCCACGAUUCUUUCCCUCGCCUCCAAGGGGUUUGCACUCCCAACAACCAGCUCUUCAGCAAUGUCUCUGCAUCCAGCCUCGCAGCAGGUGAGCCUACAGCCGCAAACAACUCCAGCAUUCCUGAAAGCCAACAGUGACACAUCGAAUUCCACCCAGUUCCAGCUCUUCUCACAUUUAUCCUCCAAUGGAGACACUUGAGCUGUGUGCUUUAUCUUAAGCGAGAUGUUUUAUGUUAUAUUCCCUGCUCGAAAGAGACUCUUGGUGGUCUUGGUUUUUGUGAAUUUUUUUUUGCUGUCUUCAAUCAUGCAGUUCAUGAGGUGAUAAAUAGUAAACCAAUCAAGACUGCAAUCAUUGUUGCUUAGAAAAUGAAAGGAAUUUUGACCUUGGGAUAUCAAGCUCUAUGGAAUUGCUUUUGCUGAUUUGCUAUGGGAAUAUUUUACUCAGCAGACAGACAGUGUUUAGUAGACAAAUUAGUGCCUAAUGUAGAAACAAAUCCAGUCCUUUUUAAGAUGAUGAAUGCUGAUAAGUUACAUUAAUAAUCUUCAGCACUGAAUCUACCACGUUUUGAUUUCAUGACUUUCUUCAGACAACAGAAAUCCUGUCAUAUUUUUAAGAAAGCUAUUCAAACAAAAACUGGAUUAAUCUAUUA